AUGUCGUGGAACUGGAAUAGCCACGGGUUACCAUUUUUACCAGGAUACAGUUUCCCUGAUGUAACAAAGUCAGCCUUCCAUCGUCCUCAGACUCUGGACUUUAAGAAUGGCUACGCUCUGCCUCGCCGUCCGGCUGUGGGCAUUGGACAAGAUCCCCUCCUGUCAGAGCAGCUGAUCCAGCAGGAGAUCAGUGAGCUGUCCUUUCAAAACCCAGAUGCUACAUAUGGCUCCUUUAAACAGAGCCUAGCUGAAGAGUUCAUCCCAGCUCAUGUUGCCCUUGACAAGAAGGUUCUCUACUUUCAAGCUUAUUUUGAGGAAAGCGUACUUUACUCCCCUGACGAGGAGUACCGCAUACGCCCCGUUGACAUUUACUACUACCUUGAGGAUGACAGCAUGUGCAUCAUUGAGCCAGUGGUGGAGAAUUCUGGGAUACAACAGGGGAAAAGGCUCAAACGCCAGCAACUGCCCAAGAAUGAACGUGGAGAUCGUUACCUCUGGAAAGACCUCAACCUUGGCAUGGAACUGGAGGUGUAUGGGGUGAAGUACCACAUCACACAGUGUGACCCUUUUACAAAGGAAUUCAUGGAGAGUGAGGGCAUUGUACUCAACGGCCCUGUGCCGAUGCCUGUGGACCCUUACGGCAAACGUCGCAAAAACCUCCAGCCCUCUUUCACAACACCCUCUGAAUUUGACAGCAUGUAUCGUUUUCUCAACAUGGAUCGUAAGGUGCUGCGUUUCUUUGCCCUGUGGGACGAGUCUGACUCUCUGUACGGGGAGACCAGGCCUGUUACAAUCCACUACUUCCUGGUAGACGACACAGUGGAGAUCAGAGCGGUCCAUGAACCCAACAGUGGCCGAGAUCCCUUCCCCAUAGUGAUGCGCAGACAGAAGCUGCCCAAGAAAAUCAAACCAGAGUCAGAGGGCUUUCCGCGCUGUGUGCUGGAAGUCUCAACAGAAGAAGUGGAUGAAUACUACUCCCCCGAAGACUUCCAGGUGGGCCAGACGAUGAAACUGCUGGGUCGUCGCUUCCAGUUGUAUGACUGCGACGGCUUUACUAAAGAGUACUACCAGAAGAACCACCCUGAUCUGGAGAUGAAGACCAUAAAGAUACCAAAGAAGACAGACAGACUUCAGGAGAAGAAGAAGGAGAUUCCUGCCUACAACGGUUUUGGUUCACUUGAAGAUUCUCUCCAGAAUUGUUUGUCUUUAAAUCCUGAGCCUCCCAAAAAGAACAUGCUGCAGAUGCUAGAGAACGGCAACAAAGUGCUGCGCUUCAGUGCCAGGCUGGACUCCCAGGACUCUGAAGAUGAGGGCCGACGUUUCGUUUUGUCCUACUUCUUGGCAGAUGACAUGAUCAGUAUUUUUGAAAAGCCCACACGCAACUCUGGCAUCAUCGGGGGAAAGUUCCUGGAAAAAACGCGCAUCCCCAAGCCCGGGUCUACAGUGGAGAAUCCUGAGUUCUACUCACCUGCAGACUUCGCUAUCGGAGCCACAGUGGAGGUUUUCAGCCAUCGCUUUGUGCUAACGGAUGCUGACUACUUUGUGCUGAAGUAUCUUGAGUCCAUCUCGAGCCAAAUUCCUGUUCAAACGCUGGACUCUCUGCGCCAGAAGCUGUGUGUGGGGACGACUAAUAACCAGACAGCUGACCAUAAUGGUGAUGAUGUAGCAGAGAUGUCGUAACCCUGAUGACAGAGAAGGCCGGAGUGAUGUUUACCCCCUAAUAAAUCAGACCACAAGACUAUGAA